UAAAUAACCCAAUGAAUUUUCCAAAUCCGAAUUUCUAGUAUUUGAUAACUAAACUAAUAUUUUUAAGAGAUAAAGUCACAAAUAUAGAAUUUGCACUUCAAAAUUUUAAAGAUCACAGUUUCCCAAUCACCUCGCUUUACAAAGGUUAAAAACUUGCUACCUUCUUAGAAUUAGGGUUAAAAAUAAACGGUCCUAAGAGAUAAAUACAAUGUUGCAGAUUGCAAUGUUAUUGAAGAAAAGCCAAAUGCAAUAUAAACACCUAUGAUUUCAUGUAAUCAUAAUCAAAGAAACAUCAGUUUUGAGACAAGUUUCGUACAGGAAAGUGUGAAUUUAAAUGAUAAAGAAUUGUAAAUGGUUGUUGUCAAAUUAAUGAAAAUAUCAAAGUAGUUUUUAAUCUAAAUUGUUAUAGACAAUGGACACAGAGCAGAAAAUAGGCGAGGUAGUGACAGAGGCUGUGAAAAAUUCUGACGUAGUGUCGAUGCUACAGCAAAUAGUAGCCACGUCCCCUAGCGAUGGAGAAUCAGAGGAGAUUAGAGAAAAAAUCCAGAAUGUUCUAGAAAGAUAUAACAAUAUGGACGAAGUAGAUAAGGAGGUAUUCGUCAAUCAGCUUAAAGAAGCUCUAGCUAUGAAAUUAUCUAUGAAAUUGAGAGACAAUGUAUAUGAAGACGGACCGUCCUAUGUCCCCGUUUUGAUCGCUGCCCUGUUGAUAUUUUUGGUCGUUGUAUUCUUCGGCUACAAACUAUACAAAUCGAUAAAGGAAAAAGAGAAGAAGCGGGAAGAAAAGAAAAAACAGAAACAAAUGAAAAAGAAGAAGUAAACUAUUUAUUUUUGAACGUUAGUUCAAUGGAAAUUGUAAUGUCUGAGGUAUUGUUAUGUUUAGAAAUAUUAAAAUAUUAUUAUUGUAUGUAAAAUCAAGGUAUUUAUUGUAUGUGAAACUAUUUGUAUAGAAUAAAUAAUCUGUAAAAUGUCUUCAAUGUAUUUAAAAUUAUCUGUGUAGCAG